UAAAACUUGAACAUAUACUCCAAAUACUUAAAAAGCACGAUGAAAAAGAAAUUAAUAAGAUUUUUUGUUAUAAUCGCUUUCUUCAUUGGUUUUUUAAUAAUUUUUCAAUCUUGGAGGAGAAUGAAAAUUUUAAAUUUACAGUUUAUAACAAAUUCACAGUCGAACAAAACCAAUACCGUAAAGAUUACUAAAAUUGUUAAUGAAUUUGAAGUUUCUCCAUUUAGAACGAAAUAUUUUAAUAUUGGUAUUGGUCUGGGUAUUACUACAAGAGAAGUGCCAAAUGGAGAUAAGGAUAUUUUAAAUAAAACACCAUUUUUUAGACAUUUUAUGCCGUCAUUCGUUAAAACAUUUUCUCCAGGAAUGACGUAUAACUUUUACUUAGGCUAUGAUUUCAAUGAUUGGUUUUUUGAGAAAGAGGCAAAUAGGAUUAGCUUCCAGAAAAAGUUUCACAGUUUUUGUUACAAUAGGAAAAUUUCGGCAUCAAUUACAUUUCACGAAUGCAAGUACGAUAAGCGUCCAACGUGGUCUCAAAAUGACGCGAUGAUGAUAGCCUAUUUGGACGGUAACGACUAUUUAUAUAGAAUAAAUGAUGAUACUAUAUUAGAAACGUCUGGUUGGACUGAAGGGUUUAUUAUGAGUUUACUAUCGUUUGAACCAAGAAAUAUAGGAGCUGUCGGUCCAAAACAUUCAGGAGGAAAUGAAUUUAUAAUUACGUAUGAUUUUGUGCAUAGAACUCAUGUUGAUAUCUUUGGUCGGUACUAUCCGCAAUUGUUUACAGAUUGGUGGGGUGACAAUUGGAUGUCAUUCAUUUACGCUCCACACAGAGUGUCAAAAUUAAACUUUGUUUUGGUAAAACACGUUCAAACCAAAACAAGAUAUUCUGUGACAAGACAAACACAAUAUUUAUGGCAAGGUCAGGUCAUAAAAGAUCGAAAAUUUCUUACAAAAUGUUUGCAUAUUCAUGAGAAAAAUCGGAACAAAUCACCUUCAAGGUCUAAAUUAAUAAUUAUAACCGUUCAAAUCAAUAGCGAAGAUCAACUUUACGGUGCUCUGAGAAAUGCUCAAUUAAGAUAUCUAUUCUUCCCAGAAUGGAAAUUAAGGAUAAUAGUUUCUAAACCAUUAGAUAAAUUAUGGUCAAAAGCAAUGAAGAGAUUGGAUGUGGAUGUUGAAAUAGCUGAUAAUCCAUCAAUAAAAUUUGAAUAUUUACCAUUAUUGGCUGUAAAUGAAAAACAACUAGACGCACUACUAAUUAGAAAUGCCACUUCAAGACUUUCUGAUAUUGACUAUAACCUUGUCGAAAAUUUCCUACAUUCGAAUUAUUCAGUUCAUAUCAUCAAGGAUAAAAAGAACACUGAUAGUAAAUUGAGAAUUGGAAUUAUGGGAUUUAGACCUAAAAAUCUUCCUUUUUUAUCAUUCGCUAAAAUUGAAGAUCCUUGGAACUGGCUUCAGACAACUUUUUAUAAGAUAAUAAACAGUCUGUGUGUAUUAAAUGUUGCCUGUAAAUAUGACAGUAUGGAAGAAUUUGAAGAGUAUUUCGGUAAGAAAUAUAAUAAAAGGAUGGAAGUAGUUAGUUAAUUUGUUGAUACAAAAUUCACC